UGUCUGUUUUUUUUGUUUGUUUUUUUUCACAAAGUUGUGACAACCAAUAUAAUUGAGUCCGGUUGGAGAUUAAUUAAAAUUUUUGUGUACACAUCUGCAGAUAAAGCUCAAUAAAUUUGUUUUAGUUUUAGUUCACAUUGGCACUAAAGUGAAUGAUGAGCUAAGGACAACAAAAGACAACAAGCAGAAGAACCAACAAUAGAAGCUAAAUUCCUUUUACCACUGGAUGCAUGGUCUUCAUAUAUACUGUAUGUCCACGGCCAGACAAGACUAGACACGCAUGAUGGAGGACAUUAAAAGCAGAGAAAAAAACAGAGAGGAGCGACACAAGGAAAGAUGGGAUCCAUUUCAGCUCAACCCAAUAGGAGCCGAGAAGGAACAAAAAAGAAGAUGCUUCCAACUGGCCCAGUACCUAGUGGCUAUUAUUGUAGGAUUAUGCGUCCUUACCAGUGCUAUCAUUGCCAAGGGCUCUCUCUUGGUGCUGUCGAUGUUGUCCAGUCCGACCUCCUUGCGCAGGCCCAAGGAAAAACAGUUCUACAUGCUGAUGUUGGUGUUCUGUCUCGUUUGGCCAAAUUUCCUGGUGUUUAUCAAAUCACUGUGGAGGUGUGCGUUCAAGAGCAUCUUCGUGCAACCCAACUUCAAGACCAUGGCAUAUAUCUUAGCCAUUGAAUGCACCGUGUCGCUUGGUACCGCAGUGCUUGUGCUUGUGGUGAUGCCUCAGUUUGACGUCCUGACAAAUCUGUUCAUCAGCGGUGGUGUCUGCGUCAUACCUGCAUUGCUUCAGAUGUAUUACCGACUGCAGACAGACACUUGGAAAAUUGUAUUUCCAAUCUGCUCCAUCAUUCUAACAAGCGCUGGAUACUGCCUGCUCGGAGUUGACUAUUACGUCCGGGUAUCGUCAUAUGUGGAUGGACAAAGCUCCGACUGCUUUAUCUUUGUAGCUGUCGGAAUUGUCUCCUCAAUCCUCAUCUCCAUCUGCUGGUGGGAGAAUCCAAUGCAAGCUACAAAUGACAUCCGGGAUACGUUGUCAGAACUGGACAGUUUCAGGGACUUUGUGUUUGUCAUCAGCAGCAUUCUGAGGAUAAUUGUCAUAGGGGCUGUGUACUUGAUCUACUAUGUCCUCAUUGAAAACUCCAUCGUCUGGGCGGACUUCAAUUUACAGAGUUUUGACUGGGAAUUAUUGCAAAUAGGACUGGUGCUGUUUUUCUUACAGGCAUUUUGCUCAGCAGCGUGCCACUGGUUUGGGGUAGUGGCCUGUAAGAUUCAUGCUGUCAGGAUGAGUUUUGCCCUGCCCUUGUGUAGCACAGGGCCUAUUGUGCUACUACUGGGACUGAUCCUUUUCAUUACCCAAGCACAAGAACUAAAUGGGGCACAACAUCACAACAUCACAGAGUUUUGUGAAAGCUUGGUCUUCUUGAGCCACAAGAACACAACUCCUGUGGUGUUACUAGAACUCACCAGGAGCAUUUGCCGGACGUCACUUUCCAGCUACUACUUACAAUGGCCUUUUUCAAUGCUGGCACUCGAGGGAGUAUGCAUGUGGUCGGGUUUUGUCGCCUGCACAUACUACGUAUGGAAGAUCAAGGUCCAGCGAAUAGAAAGGACCUCUCAGCUAUUUGUUCGGCGUCUGUACGAAUCUGCUUUCAUUGACUUGUCUUUGUUACUCAACACCAAGAUGAAGGUAGCUCGGGCCCGAAACCACGAAAGCCAAGACGACAUCCAGAGCUGUGUCAUCUACCUAUGUGCCACCAUGUGGCAUGAGACCUAUGACGAAAUGCUGAAGAUUCUCACCUCCAUGUUCAGGCUUGACCGUUAUCGAGGUGACCCCAAAGAAGAACAUAAGGACUGUUUUGAUUUUGAGUGUCACAUUUAUGUGGAUGAUGCCUUUAUGACUGAAAAAGGCACAGAAAAAAGGCUGGUUAACUCAUACGUUAAUGACUUGACCCAAGUUGUCAUCGAGGUUUACAGGGUUUUUACCAACAAAGAGCCGGACGAUGUGUCGAUUGUGGAAACUCCAUAUGGUGGCAGACUCAUGUUUGUUAUGCCGGAAGGCAACAUGCUCUACGUUCACCUUAAAGACAAAGCUUGUAUCAGGAACAAGAAAAGAUGGUCGCAGAUCAUGUACAUGUAUUAUCUUCUUGGCUGGAAGGGGUACAUUUCCAAAAACCCUCAGAAGAGCAGUCGCCAGGUUAACCUAUCUAGAGAAUCUUUAGUCUCUACGGACGGUGAGAUAUUCUUCAUGCCUCAGUACGACAAUGACAACAAGAGAAGGUUCAUCUCAGAUGAUAAUGUUUACAUCCUGGCUCUGGACGGAGACACUGACUUCCAGCCUAAAGCUGUCAUACUGCUUGUAGACAGGCUGAGGAUGUAUGAAAACGUAGGAGCAGCUUGUGGGCGAAUCCACCCGACUGGAAUGGGUCCUAUGGUGUGGUACCAGAAGUUUGAGUAUGCAGUCGGUCACUGGCUUCAGAAAACCGCAGAACACGUGUUUGGGUCUGUGCUGUGCAGUCCGGGAUGUUUCAGUCUGUUUCGAGCAUCCGCCUUAAUGGAUGACAACGUACUGAAGAGAUACACGACGACUUCAACAAGGGCGGCAGAAUAUGUGCAAUAUGACCAAGGGGAGGAUCGUUGGUUGUGUACUUUGUUACUGCAGCAGGGGUGGCGUGUGGAAUACAACGCUGCAUCCGACGCUUUCACUAACUCUCCACAAGAGUUCAAAGAGUUUUACAACCAGAGGAGACGGUGGGGACCGUCUACGCUGGCGAAUACAUUGGACCUGCUGCACAGCGGCUCAGAGACGGUGAAGAGAAACUCCUCCAUAUCCAGACUUUACAUUUUCUACCAGAUGUUUACAGUUGGUUCUUCUAUUCUUGGACCAGCCUCAGUGACUCUGAUGGUGGCAGGAGCUUUCCAGUUUGUCUUUGAGCUCGCUGGUACAAUUUCCAUCAUCAUUUCGAGCAUUCCUCCUGUGUUCUACAUCAUCGUCUGUUUUGUCGCCAAGCCAAACACCCAGAUAACAAUUGCUGGAAUUAUGAGUGUUCUGUACGCUUUCCUCAUGACAGCGUCCUUGUUUUCUAUCAUCGGUGAUAUGGUGGUUGAGGGCACGUUCCUGACCCCAACCGGAGUGUUUCUGGUUUCUAUGACGAUCAUGUACCUGGUGACUGCCCUCCUACAUCCUGAGGAGUUUGGGAUGAUUAUCUACGGCCUGAUGUAUUUCAUCUGUAUUCCCAGUGGCUACCUUCUACUUACCAUCUACUCACUGGUUAACAUGAACAUUGUGACCUGGGGCACCCGAGAAUCUAAUAAGGGAGCAACGGAGGUGAAAAAGAACCAGAACGUUCUGUGUGAUAGAAACUGCAAACUCUGCUGUUGGGACAUGAAGUUGCAGGUAACCCAGGAAACAGAGAAUUUGAUGAUACAACAAAUCACAGGACAAAUUGGACAGCAAGCUCCUCCCCCUGCUAUCACAAACCAUGAAACAACUCUACCUGCCACGUCAAAUGUGGAGCCACAAGAUAGAUUAGACACCAGCGACGGGCCUGUUGAGCAAAAAGGACAGAGGGACAAGAUUGAGGGGAAAGACUUUGACACCAUGUCCAGUUACAGUGUGUACAGUUUUGAACAAAAAUCAACUGCAUCUUACAAGGACGACGACGACGACGACGACGAUGAUGACGACGAAAAUGACAAAAACACAAUAGAUCUUCCCAUGAGUGACUGGGUGGGUCCGGUGAAAGAAGAGUUUUUGAAGAAGCUGACCUUUGCCAACCUGAAGAGGAACUUACAAGAACACAUUCGGUCCUCUCUCCGCAACAAAAAUCUGGUUGACGUCUGUGAGGACAUGGUCUCCAUGUUAACAGAGACUCUUAAUAGGGAACUAUAUGGAGUGGGACCAGAGGAUGUUCUGACAGAAAGCCAGCUGAAUGAACUGCAACAGGCACUGACGGAGGAGGCUCGGCGCACCCUCAAGACCAGUAACAUGGAACGGUACCAGCAGAAAGUCAAGAGAGCCAUCCAGAAAACUCUGACUGCCCCUCAAGUGCCAAAAAUAGAUGAGGAGGAACACGACUUCUGGAGCAAGUUGAUCGACCGCUACUUGACGCCCAUCGUAGAGGAUAAAGCACAUUUAGAGGAGGUCAAAAGAGAACUUAAGUCUCUGCGCAACAAGUCAGUAUUCCUGUAUUUUAUCGUCAAUGUGCUGUGGGUUGUGGCUACCUUCUUCCUGCAAGCCAUCGGAACCGACCUCAUCAGCAUUAAGAUUCCGAAAUACUAUCCCAAUGGAACAGCAUCUGCAGAAGACCUCAGGGUGGAGCCUCUCAGUUUGAUGUUUUUGCUGUCUUUUGCAGUCCUUCUCCUCAUCCAGUUCCUUGCCAUGUUAUAUCACAGGGUCUACACUCUGAUCCACGUGGUGUCAUACCGCAGCACGGAGAAAAACUACAAAUUGAGAGACAUGGAUGAUGACGAUAAUGGCUUGAUUCUGGAGAACCAUACCAGUGGACUUUGCAUCACAAGUGAUGACUUAUAGUUUUGUCAUAACAUGAUUGGAAUUAUUCUGCUUGUUUUACUUAUCAUACUGUGGUGUUAUCAGGAGCCAAGGUCGAAGGUGUUGUAAAGCCCAGAGAUAUACUGAAUGUUCAUCUAUGACGUAGAGGAGAUAACACACUCCCAACCAGUCAAAUACUGAAAUCCUGCCCGACAGCAGAGAUUUUAAAUCUGUAACUUCAUGGUUGAGUUUGUAUCAAGAUGUUUAUUCUUUGUGGCCCUUUAUGCAGUUACUCACAUAAAUCACAUCAAUGCGCUCUUGAAAACUGGUUUAAAAUGCAACAUUUGCACAUACUGUAAGCCUAUAAUUAUGUAUGACUUUGUAAGUUAAAUGCAGUCUAUAAUUGUUUAUCCGUUUUGAUUAACCAUGUUUUCUCAGUGUAAUUGUGUAGUAAAAUAAAAAUAUGUAUUGUAUUAAGUGCAAAAUGAAGAAACCUCUAUAUACUGUAUAUGUACUUUGAUGUCAGCUGGGAUUAAGCCUUUAUUCUUGUUCCUAAUUAAAUUGUAUUUGACAAAAAGUAUUAAAAAAAUAACUAUGUAAAUGCAGUAACGUUAACUACAUAAAGAAAGACACACAACCUUUGUUGACCAGUUUUUAAUGGACACACUCCUUUCAAAUGAAGGAAGGUAGUCAAACAAGCAGUAAAAAGAGGCAAUUGCAAAGCAAUCAUCCAAUAUAUUUUGGGGAGAAUGUUCGGCUGAGGUAAGGCAGCAAAACAGACUCCAGCACAAUAAAGGUUGACGACCAUGAUCACGCCCCUCUCCAUAGAGGCAGAGGGGCACACACACACACACAAAUGGUCACCUCCUACAGGAGAGUGUCUUGCUGCCCACGUUUCCCCAAAUGCAAAGUAAUAAAAACGUUACCCACAA